UUUCCUAAAGUCAGUGAGAUGAGAGCAGCUUCACCAAACUCUGCCAAGAUGGAUAAAUAUUUUUGCAUUGCAAUCUUAUUCUCGUUUACUGUUGCUAUCAAUGGGGAAUUAUUAACUGGCUCGGGAGAUUCAUGCACCACGGGAUGCUUGGACACAAAAGAAGUUUGCUAUGGAACGGAUGCGAACUUAUGUUUUUGUCCAGCUGGAUUUAAAGGUGACAACUGCGAUGAACCCAACAUCGAUUUCAUUGACGAAAUGUGUCCGUUACCAGACCAGAUACCGAAAUCUUGCGAUGCAGCCAUUGACCAAUGUGGAACUUGUGAUUCGGGCACGAAAUGCUGCUCAGAUGGAUGCUUUUUAUCCUGCCAACCUACUCUUCCAACAACAUGCACAAAAACCAUGGAUUGUCCGGGAAAUAAAAUUUGCUUCCCAUCUCAACCACCGCCGUUUUCUUGUUUUUGUCCAAUUGGAUUUACUGGAGAUGAUUGUAUGGAACGAGAGGCAGGCAACGACGACAGAUGUCCUUUUCCGGACGAUCCAGUCGAUCUUUGCGACAUAUCCGAAAUAUUCCAUGAAUGUUCCGUUGACGAUCCAAGUCGCAAGUGUCCGGAUGGAACAAUUUGUUGCUUAGGAUCAGAUGCAUGUUCAUUUAAAUGUUUUCCAAUAGGCUGUAAAAAAUCCGUUAAUAUUAAAACAUGCACCGACCAGAAGAAACUCUGUGUGGUCGACGAUUCUACCGACGGCUUUAAAUGUCGAUGUCCAACCGGCUACGACGGAUACAUGUGCGCCAGACGGUUUCACGGAAUAGAUAAGAAAUGUCCAUUUCCCGAAGUUCCUGGAGAUUCUUGUUAUGAGAUUGAAGACCCGACCUGUACGGGAGCUGACGAUUGUGAAGACGAUAAAGUAUGCUGUUCAACAGGUUGUGGAACAGCUUGUGUGGAUCUUUCAGAUAAGAAACCACCAAAGAUUUCAAAAUUCGUUCUAAUUGCACUUCUAAUGGGUUUAACAAGUCGUCCCAAACAAGCUGUACAAAAACCACCAAUUGUACAAGUAGGACCGUAUGCACAAGCAGCACCACAUGUACCAUAUGUACAAGCAGCACCACAUGUACCAUAUGUACAAGCAGCACCACAUGUACCAUAUGUACAAGCAGCACCACAUGUACAAGCAGCACCACAUGUACCAUAUAUACAAGUAGCACCAGCACCCGUACCAGUGAUACAAGUAGCACCAGCACCCGUGUCAAUUACUCCAUCAUUUACAGGUGCAGCAUGUGGUCAUGGUGAGGCUCUAAUUCAUGGAUGUCCAGAUGUAUGUCAAGGUGCUCGCUGCGUGAAUUAUGGGUCUGCAACUUGUAGAGUUCACUCUUGCAAUGGGUGCACUGCAAGGUGGUACAACCACCAGGGACAUGAUGUCACAGCAUACUGUGUUCAAGUCGUGGGAUAAGGAAUGAUAGAAACAUAAAUGCUAACGGUGAAAACUGCUACGGAAUUAUGAUCUUAAAUUAAUUGAAGAAGCAACUAAAUGUAAACUUUGACACUCAAAGAUAAUUUACCAGAAAGCACUGAAAGUUUGAAAAGUUCAACAUUUUGAUUUAAAAAACUUGGAAAUUGUAAAAAACAACAAGCUAUCAUUUCAGUGAAAACGUUCAGUAUCUGCAACAGCCGUGGUUGUUUAUUAAUAUUGUAAUGUAAUCGAUAAAAGAUUUAGUGAUUCAUAUGUUGUAUAUUUGGACCUACUGAAGUAUGCGUACCAAGAUGACGCACAACCUGAACUCAGGUUGUGUACCGGGUCGAGGUUCAGGUUGUGCAACAUCUUGGUGCGCAUACUUCAGGAGUAUCGUACAUUUUAAUAAAUGCAUUGUUUGGUGAAGCAUUCGUUGUCACAGGAGUUGCUUUUGGGUAGUUUU